CGGGCCCGGCGCGAUGUCGGAGCUGGAGCGGCUGCGGCUCAGCGACAUCCCCGAGGGCCGGCAGCGACUGCGGGAGCAGCACGGCAACCUGCUGCGGGUGGCCGACUACUGCCACAGCAACUACCUGCAGGCCGGCGACAAGAGGAAGGCGCUGGAGGAGACGAUGGCUCUGAGCACGCAGUCCCUGGCCAGUGUCACCUACCAGGUCAGCAGCCUGGCCACCGCCUUCCUGCGCCUGCUGGACCUGCAGGCGGCCCAGCUGCGCCAGGUGGAGGCUGAUGUCACCUGCGUGGCACAGAGCGUGGACAUCCACCAGGAGAAGGUGGCGCGGCGCGAGAUCGGCGCCCUGACCGUCCCCAGGAGCUGCCCGAGCCUCCCCAAGGUCGCGGCCCCCCCGGAGCCCCCCGUGCUGGAACCCUACUACAGGAGACCCCUCAGCUUCAGCACGCUGGACCACGUCGGCCACGGGGUGAAGGACACCAGCACGCAGCUGUCCCGCACCGGCACGCUGGCUCGGAAAAGCACCAAAUCCUCCUCGGCAGUGGCUGCGGGAACGCUGGGGAGGAGCAGCCGCGUUCCCGAGCCGGUGCCGCCGCCCGUGGUUCCCGCGGGGAAGCUCCCGAGCGGCUCCUGCGGCCCCUCCCCGCUGCCCCCCAGCUCCAGCGGGACCCCGGCAGCUCCUGGGGACGGAAUUCCAGCCCCGCCACCACUGCCAGGGCCACCCCUGCUGGCACCGUCCCCUCCAGGGCCACCCCCUCCUGCCACUGCCGUCCCACCUCCGCCACCCCUCCCUGGGGACCUGCUGCCACCUCCCCCUGGGGACCUGCUGCCACCUCCCCCUGGGGACCUGGCCGUGCCCCCACCGGAGCUCCCACCCCCAGCCCCCGAGGACCUCGAGCUGCCGCCACCACCCUCAGCUGUGCCUGACUUUGGGGACCUGGCCCUGCCACCGCCACCAGCCGCAGAGGACCCCCCGUGGGACCCCCAGAGCUACCUGUAGGAAGCCCUAGAUCCCAGCUCUGGAUCCCAGCCCUGGAUCCCAACCCUGGAUCCCAGCUCUGGAUCCCAGCCCUGGAUCCCAGCCCUGGAUCCCAGCCCAGAACUGGACCCUGGGCACAGAGCAGAGCUCGCUGUCCCCGUGGGCUCCAGGGAUGUUCCAGCCCCAAAACCCCUCCCCUGCCCGUCCCCUGCCUGUCCCCUGCCCGUCCCCUGC